GUGUUUGGCGACGGACGCACUAUUCUGGUUGCUCUCUGCUCAAGUUGUCUGUCGGCUAUGCUCCCUAGGGUCUCGACGUUCCUGCCUCUUCGCCCCCUCACCCGCCUCCCUUUGUCCUGUGGAAGCCCCGAGGCACCUGCGGUUGCGGUCGUGCUGCUCGCUGCUCCGCCCGGAACGGUUAGGGCAAAAACUCAUAUCCAAAGAUAUUUCAGCACGAAUAAUGUGGCCUACAGCAAAAAAGAUGAAAAGUCUGUUUCCAGCGACAAGAUUUCCAAGACGACUUCAGAGAGCUCUGACAGAACAAAGGAGAACACGAAAAAAGAUUUGUUGGAUAUUAUUAAGGGUAUGAAAGUUGAAUUAAGCACAGUGAACGUACAGACAACAAAGCCACCCAAUCGAAGGCCUCUGGAAAGUGAGGAGGCUGUAAUUGGCAAGCUUCAAAGAGCUAAAAAGGAUGGCCCAAAGAAGAGAGAGAAGCCUCUGAGUCCUGAGUUGGUGGCAGCUGCGACUGCUGUGGCAGAUUCUCUCCCUUUUGAUAAGCAGAAAACCAAGUCAGACCUGCUCAGGCAGCUCCAGCAGCAUGAGGAAGCCUCGUGGGCACAGAAGGACCAACAGAGGCCUAAAAUUAGUUUCAGGAACAUAAUUUCAGAUAUGAAAGUUGCCAGACCUGCUACAGCUAGAGUUCAUAUAAGACCAGAGCAUCAGAUUCAGUUUGACGAAGGAUCUGACAGUUCUCUUGACCAGAAGACUAUUGAUCUUAGAAAAAGCAUUAGGAAAAAUUUAUUCAAGGGGAAGAGGCUUAAUAUUUUUGACUCUAAGACACUUACUGAAGAAGCACCUGAAGCAGAAACACCACCUUCGCUUUGGGAUAUUGAAUUUGCUAAGCAGUUGGCUGCAGUAAAUGAACAGCCCUUUCAGAAUGCAUUUGAAGAGAUGAUCCAGUGGACCAAAGAGGGGAAACUGUGGGAGUUCCCAAUCAACAACGAAGCAGGUUUUGAUGAUGAUGGUUCAGAAUUUCAUGAGCAUAUUUUCUUGGAUAAACACCUGGAGGGUUUUCCAAAACAAGGACCAAUUCGCCACUUCAUGGAACUGGUGACUUGUGGCCUUUCCAAAAACCCAUAUCUGAGUGUUAAACAGAAAGUUGAGCAUAUAGAAUGGUUUAGAAAUUAUUUUAAUGAAAAAAGUGACAUUCUAAAAGAAAAUAACAUACAGUUCAAUUAAGAUGUUGGAAAUUUCUCAUUGGAUACUAUAAAUAAAAUAAUUUUACUAGAAAUUUUCCUA